AUGUUGAUUGAUAAUGAAACACCAUACUUGUAUAACCUCACUUUGAAACCACCAUCCAACUACCCCCACUCCAUACUUGGACAAUUCAUCCCCAAGUCAAAACAACAACAGCUUGCACUCAUCUCAUCAACACACUUAUCCUUACUAAAUGCAGAUCCUGAGACUGGGAAACUUGGAAACCAAGUAAGUCAACAUCUAUUUGCAGUAGUCAAUGCUGUGGAUAAGCUACGAUUCAACGAUCAUGACGUAAUGGUAUUAACUAGUGAUUCAGGCAAUUUGUCCAUUAUUGAAUACGAUCCAAAGCGAAACGAAUUUGUGUCCAUAUGUCAAAUGCCCAUGUGUAAAAAUGGAUGGAGUCGAAGUUACCCUGGAGAAUACCUUGCGGUGGACUCUGAAAGCAGGUGCAUAUUAGUCGGUGCCAUGGAGAAGAACAAGCUUUUGUACAAAGUUGAGCCUAGUGCAACCAGAUUGGACUUGAGUUCGCCGUUGGAGUACGCCAGCAUAGUUGGCAAAGGAAAGAAACCGUUAUUGUGUUUGUCAUUGAUUAGUUUGGAGAGUGCAUUUUCGAACCCGCAGUUUGUAGCAUUGGAGUAUGACAGUGAACAACAGCUUACAUUAUUGAAUUAUUACGAAUUUGAUCAAGGGAUGAACUAUGUGGUUAAUCGAAAAUCAAAGAUAAGCAUUGUGCCUAACGAUGCUAAUUAUCUUGUUCCCGUUCCUGGCAAUAUCGGUGGUGUUUUCGUCUGCGGUACAAAUUGGAUCAUGUAUGAUAAAUUGGGAGAAGAUAGUAUUGUGCUCCCAUUACCAAGACGCAAAAGCCAAAACUCUGUCAUUAUUAGUCACGUUACGCAUGUUUUGAAGAAGAAGAGUUAUGGGUUCUUUAUCUUGUUGCAAAAUGAUCUGGGGGACUUGUUUCGUGUUAUCAUUGAUUAUGAUUCAAAUCGUGAACUGAUCAAGGAUAUCGAGAUUACUUACUUCGAUACGAUUCCAGUGUGCUAUAGUUUAAACAUUUUCAAAAAUGGUCUUUGCUUUGCCAAUAGCAUUAACCGAAGUCAAUUGUUGUAUCAAUUUGAAAAAUUAGGAGAGGAGCUCAGUGAUGAUGAUGUCCGGAUAAACAAAAGCGUACGAGCGGAUACAAUUCCAUUAGCCAAGGACAAGAUUAUUGAAUUCAACUUGAAAGGAUUGGACAAUUUAGCAUUGAUUGAUGUAGCUGAGUCAUUGAGCCCGAUUACGGAUUCAAUCCUACAGAAUGACACUUUGGUAACCUUAUCAACCAAGUCAAAGUUGAAGUCCAUAGUUCAUGGAACUUCUACUACCACUCUCGUGGAGUCUCCGUUGCCCAUGAGACCAACAAACAUAUUCACGUCAAAGACGUCAAUAGAUGCGACCGACGAUGAGUACUUGGUGAUCACAUCAACGCUUUCGUUCAAGACGUUGGUUUUAUCUAUCGGGGAAGUUAUUGAGGAAGUAUCUGACUCGGAAUUUGUGUUGGACCAACCAACAAUUGCCGUGCAACAAGUGGGCAAAUCGUCAAUCGUGCAAAUUUAUUCAAAUGGUUUGCGACAUAUAAAUGGUAAGAAAAUUAUAACAAACUGGUACCCACCAGCCGGUAUAACAAUCACUCAUGCAACCACAAAUAAUCAACAAGUUUUGCUUGGGUUGUCAAACUUGGAAUUGGUUUACUUUGAAACUGACCUUGGGGAUGAUCAGUUGGUAGAGUGUCAGGAUAGGUUGGAGGUUUCGUCACCGAUCCGUAGCAUGUGUAUCCUGAAACAACAAAGUUCUUUUGCUGUAGUGGGAUGUUCAAAUGAAACUAUAAUGGUGAUUUCAUUGCAGAGACAAAGCUGUCUACAAAUCAAGUCGUUGCAAGCGUUGUCAUCUAGUGCGAAUUCGUUAGUCAUGUUGACUCAUGCUCCAUCAACAACUUUGAUCCACAUUGGCAUGGAUAAUGGAGUGUACGUGAGGACUAAAAUUGAUACUUUUAGUGGGAAAUUGUCAGAUACGAGGAUCAAGUAUCUUGGGCCCAAACCUGUUAAUUUGAAUCCAUUGAAAUUGUCAGAUGAGAUAACUGGUGUAUUGGCAAUUUCGUCAAAGCCAUGGAUAGGAUAUUUCCAUCAAGGUAAAUAUCGAUGUACACCGUUAUUGGAUGUAAACAUUAUCAGUGGAACCUCAUUCAAAUCAGAGGAUAUUGGUGGUGAUGGAAUUGUCGGUAUACAUGCUGAAAAUUUAGUGAUCUUCUCAGUCGGGAAAGAGGACAGUAUAUUUGAUCCUAACCAAGAGCUCACUGUAACCGAAUUAAGUUUGCGAUAUACACCGAGAAAGAUUGUCAAAGGUGACGAUGGUAAUGAAGAUGCUGACAAGUUAUUUGUGAGUGAAGUGGAGAUGGGUAUCGUGACACCUUACGUAUCCAACUUGACUAAAGAUGUGAAAGAUAAUGUUGACUGGGAAUAUUAUGAAGCUUUUGGGUACGAAAGAACGAGCUCAGGAUGUGCUUCAUGCGUGCAACUUAUCCAAAGUGGCGAGAUCAAACAAUCGUUGGAGUUUGCAAAAGAUCAGAGGAUAGUUGACAUUGCUAAGAUACAAUUUAAAAAGAAUACUUACUUGAUUGUUGGAGUUACCAAGCAGAAUAAAGACAACCUAUUAUACACUUUUAAAAUUGAUAAGAAAAAGAAUUUGCUGUAUGUCCACAAAACUGAAUUGAAUUAUGUGCCUCAAGUAAUGGAGGUUUUCCAAGAUAGGUUACUCGUUGCGUCUGGAAACUCAAUAUCGUUGUAUGAGCUUGGCCAACGUCAAUUAUUGCGCAAAUCAUUGACGAGAAUUGAUUUUGUACAGUCAAUAGUCAAGGCGUCACCCCAGCCUCGUGAUCGGUUACUUCUAGCUGAUCUGGGAAAUUCCAUCAUCUUUACCAAAUUUGACCAUGAGGAAAACCAAUUUGUGCCCAUUGCCGACGAUGUCGUGAAACGCAACGUGACAGCUUGGAUGCAGUUGGAUUAUGACACGGUUAUUGGUGGUGACAAAUUUGGCAACUUAUUUGUAUCGAGGUUGGAUAGGGAACAUUCGCGACAAAUUGAUCAAGAUUGGACGGUGUUGAAACAAGCUGCCCGAUCCUCUUCAUUUUCAGCUUCCAAUUUGAACUCGUGUAUUUACAAGUUGCAGAACUUGUGUCAGUAUUAUAUUCCCGAUAUCAUCACCUCGUUCCAGUUGGGUUCUUUCAACGUUGGUGGCGAAGAGUGCAUCGUAUAUACUGGUUUAUCCGGCACCAUUGGUGUUUUGGUUCCUUUAAUAUCUAAAUCUGAAAUUGAGCUUUUGCAUGAUUUGCAAUUGGAACUUGGCAAGUACAACGAUGAAGUGAAUUUAUUGGGGAAAAAUCAUGCUAAAUUGAGAAGUUAUUAUGCACCAGCAAAGAAUGUUUUUGAUGGAGAUUUCGCUGAAUUGUUUUUGACUUUACCAGUUGAUGUAAAAUUGAAAAUUGCUCGGAAAUUAAAUAAAUCCGUGACUGAGGUGGAGAAGAAGCUAAAUGAUAUUCGCAAUCGGACAUCUUUCUAA